AUGGCGAAAUCCUCUGUAAGCAUGAAGCUCCUCAUUGACACCAAAGCAAAACGCGUCCUGUUCGCUGAGGCCGGCAAGGACAUGGUGGAUUUUCUCUUCUACAUACUCUCCAUGCCUGUUGCCAACCUCAUCAGCCUGAUGGGCAAACAAGGAAUGGUGGGCUCGCUCGGGAAUCUCUAUGACAGCAUAGAAAACCUGAACGAGUCCUACAUGCAGCCCAACCAGAACAAAGACGCGCUUUUAAAACCGGCUUACCCAUUUUCGGGUAUGAGUGUUCCUCUCCUGUCGACUAAUGAAGAAUCUACGGAGAUGAAGUUGUACACGUGUGAAGGAGACUGCUAUUCUUUUGCCAAGGUCCCUACCCCAAUCUGUCCAGACUGCAACACUAUGAUGUUAGUGUUGAUGGAUUAUGUGGCCCAACCUGGGCUGGAAUUGGAAAGUGGGUUCGUGAAGGGGGUGGUGACCUAUAUGGUGAUGGAUGACUUGGUGGUCAACCCCAUGUCCACUAUUUCAAGCAUUACUCUGCUUAACAAAUUCAAUGUUAAGGAAGUUGGGGCUUUGGAGGAGAAGGUGGUCAGUUUGGGCAUGACCGAGGCUGUGAAGUUGUUGAAGGCUUCAUUGGAGACCAAGAAUGUGCUCACGCAUGUUUUCCUAGGCCGUUGA